CCUUUGUUCUCCCCCCGCCGUUGCCUAGCGAAGCCACGCCCCCCUCGGGAGCUGAUCAGGCCACGCCCCCUUCCCCCGGCGGAGCGGAGGGCGCACGGGGUGGUGGUGGUGGUGGUGCUGCUGCUGCGCUGGCGUCGGGCCCUCCCUUGGCAGUUCCCCCCCUUUCAUGGCGCUAGGGGGCGCCUCCUUGGUGCUGGUGCUGCUGGUGUGGCUGUGGAACCCCUGGCCACCGGACGGCGGGGGCGGCGGCGGGGGCCGGGCUGAGGGCACGGGCAACAACAAGGUCUCGGCCCCGCCCGACCUGGUGGCCAAGGUGCCCCUGGCGGCCAAAGCCCUGGUGGCGGCCGGCUACACCAGCACCGCCGAGGAGGAGUCGGCCGAGGUGGAGGCCACGGCGGCGCACGGCAUGGCCUCGGAGGUGGUGGUGGUCACCCCGGGCCCGGGAGGGACGUCCUCCGGGAAGGAGGCCGUGGUCAUCGUGGGCGACUCCCGCUACAGCUGGCAGCCGUGGAGCCCCUGGCACUGCAACUGCCCGGCGGGGAGCAUGUCCCGGGUGCGGAACAUCACCUACGCGGUGCCCGGGGUGCGCCUGGACCCCGUCCAGUACAACGUCCUGCGCCUGGAGCGCGAGGUCUGCAGCUACGCCCUCUGCCCGUCCUGCAACCGCACAGCCCGCGAGUGCGACCGGCCGGCCGUCCCCUGCGCCAAGGGGCCCGACUACCUCUGCGCCCUGGACGACAUCCGGCAGGACCGCGAGCACCAGCGGCGCCACUUCUGGACCCACGUCCACCAGGGGCUCAAGAAACUCUGGCAGACCGUCCGGGAGGCCUUCCCGUCCCAGGCGGCGGAGAAGAUAACUAAAGACAACAACAAAGAGCGCCCAGCGUGAAAAGAAAUCCCAACAGAUCUCCGAAGAUCUCCCCAGGCUGGUGAAGUCAUGGAUCUUCCUAAGAAAUACUGUUCUUAGAAUUCCCCCCCCCACCUUCCUUAAAGAUUUUUCUUUACCAAGAAGUAAUUUUUUUCCACAACAGUUGAAGGCUCCUUUAUUUUGAGGGAGAAACCGAGGACUGGGUCGGGAGGCCUCACACCAGCCACUGAUGCGGAACCCCCCCCAAAAAAAAUUAAAUUAAAGUUGCAUGUUGGAAAGGAGAAAAAAAAUUAGGAUUUCUCCUCCUCUAGCCUCCACACUAUCCUCGCCUGACUCUUCUCAGUUCUUUGCAAGACGCUUAAUAAAAAUGUCACUUCCUGCC